AUCAUUAGUGACUAGGAAGCCUAGAGGAACGUCGGGAUUGCUGCAGCAUUUUGGGUAAUUUUGUCUAAAUGGAAGGUGAAGAGAAUAAGGAUAUUCAACGGGAGCCGUCUCCAGCCACGCUGACUUACAUGGUCUCAAUGGACGUCAAUGAGCAGAAGAGCGUUCCCGGGUUAGAGGUUGAGCCGGAGCCCGAUGUCGACCUCGAGGACGAGCUCCAGAUCGAGCCCGAUGUGGCGCCCGAUGUGGCGCCCGAUGUGGCGCCCGAUGUGGCGCCCGAUGUGGCGCCCGAUGUGGCGCUCCAGCUCCAUGUCGAGGUCGAGCCAGAGGUCGGGGUCGAGCUCGGAGACGAAUCCGAGGACGAGCCCGGCGAGUUUCUCCGGCCAUUGCUAGCUUCCCUUUCGCUGAUGGAUAUGGCGCCUUUCCCGCCCAACGCGAACUAUCUCCCCCGGCUGCCGCGGCUGCUGCCGGCGCUGCGCGGGCCAGGGCCGCCGUACGCCGUGUGGAUGGGCCUUUUGCAGGCGCGGCUCAACGAGGUGCUGAGCUUGGUUGUGUCGGCGAGCGGCAUAGAGGGCGAGCCUGUGGUGGGUCGCGCCUAUUACUGCGGCUUGAUCUUGCCGGCGAGCGUAGACACGAAAACUUUCGUCGCCUACGUCGAGUGGGAAGGGGAAGUGAGUCCGUUCAACGUCUUCGAGGUGCUGAUCGUGCUUCGCGGGACUGUUGAGUGGAUGGUGGCGCGGGACGGCGACGUGCCGGCGCAAGCCUUGCCUGUGGGGCUGGGGCUGGAUGGGGAGACCGUGUACGUGGCGCGGGUAUUCCGCUCCGGCCACUGGCGCUUAGGCAGAGUGAUGCCAAGCGAAGGCGCGUGUAUGGUGGUGGAAGAGGGUACGGAUCUCUCGUUCAGCGAGUAUGAAGUGCUGGUUAUUAAUUGCUCAUAACAAACGGGCCCCGGAGACUGAUAGACGGUUCUGGGCAAUGACAGCUACCAGGACGACGCAACAAAUACGGAAGGAGUAACCUUAGGGAAAUUCAUUUCGAACAUAAAAUUCGAAACGUCGUAAUGUUGUAUAAUGGAAAAAGUUGGUGUGAAAUAGUUAAUCAAACUGGCUUUCGAGAGUAAAUUUUAAAAGGAAUACCAUUGCAAUAAAUGGUACAUUACAACUUUACAUAUAAAGUCUUGGUACAGUAAAAAAACUUAUUGUAAUCCUUAACUGUUGUGAUAUAUUUGUAUUGGUUAUCUUUCACGAAUAUAAACAUUGUCAAAACAUGGAAAUAGAUGGAGGGUAACACAUCUAUGGAGAAAUAUUAUUAUUCUUAAUGAUUUUUAAAACUAGAGAAAAAUGACACCUGUGACGUGGGCAUUGUAACGUAUAGGGAGGAGUAUAAUUUGGAUUUGUAGUAUCUAUUCCAAUUAGCAUUUGCUUUUCGGCUUCAGAUAUUUUAUAUCUGAAUAAUUUCAUUUUCUCAAUGAAUUUCACUGAAAAGAACGACAACUUUUAUUUGUUUUCAAAACAUAUUAUUUGGGAAAUUUUUCAAGAAAACCAAAUAGACAACAUUAGUUUCUAUUACGAGAUAGCUCCUGGGUAAUCCCCCCUCCCAUUUUGGAGUACGUUCGACCGUUGGGGAUAAUGUACAGAGUGAAAUCAUUUAUAUGUGGUCAAUUAGUAAAAUGAACAUAAAGCAUAUUUCACCAGUUUAAAAUAUAUAUGACCAGGCCUAUAUGCUGCGAAAGUAUGAUACCUUCAAAUAUUUAAAAAUGUCUACGAUUACCACCAAAUGAUACUGAGGCAAUUUUUCUAUCUCAAACCUAAUAAAUUUGUAGAUAUAUUGCUUAAAUAAAGAAAUACGAGAAUAAUAAGAACAAUUAUUAAAAUUCAAGAUGUGUCGAAGGCGUCGAAGGCGUCGAAGACUCGCGUAUUGAAUGUAGGGGUUCAAAACAUAUUUAGGUAAUGCAUACUUACUACUUAAAUAUAGACUUUGAUAAUGAUGAAGAGUCCAAUUUCAUGUAUAUAUUCAUAUACUCUGGGGUAGCUAAAAGUGAAUAUUAAAAAAAAAAUAUUUGAAAAGAGGCACUCUAAAAUACACUCUUC